AAGACUUUAUCUGUGGGGCUGCUUUUGGGCAUUAAUCUGAAGAAGUAUGGAUGCUUGACCUAUUAUUGCUCUGCAGGAUUGUAAGAAAGUUAAAAGUUGCUCAAAUAGGAAAGUGUGUAUAUAUCUCUCUUAGUUACAAUCAACUAUAUGCAUUGGUCACUCUCCAAGAAAAUUUUCGGACCAUGCCAUACCGAAACGGACGAGAACGUUCUGAUAUUGAAUGAAUCCAUAACCUGCCACUUGCUUUCUCAUAUCGUCUGUGUCUGUCUGUUGGGAUUAUCUUGGUUCGUGUGUUAUUGAUAUUAAAAGGCGGAACAUACCUGCUGUGGUGAUAAGAGGGGUAAUUGGACAAUAUAAUUCCUGCCUCCAGAAAAUGGAUUCCUUCAUGAUGAUGUACGGGCAGACAGAAGAUGUUGGCAAGCAGGCCAUUGAAUGCUAUGAUAUCUGCAAGCACUACGGACGGGGCAAAUCCAAGUUACAAGUCUUGCAGAAUCUCGCCAUGAGGGUACCAAAAGGAAAAAUUUAUGGCUUACUGGGACCAAGCGGUUGUGGAAAAACGACUCUCCUCCGCUGUGUUUUGGGAAGGCUUAGCUUUGAUUCAGGCCUCAUUUUGACCCUUGGACGACCACCUUUGACCCGAGGUCAUGGUAUACCCGGGUCACGUGUUGGAUAUAUGCCUCAGGAGAUCGCCCUGUACAAUGAAUUCUCCAUCAAGGAAACCUUGGUAUACUUCGCCACCAUCCAUAAGAUGAGUCGAAAAGAAACAAAGAUAAGAAUCGAGUUCCUCAUAGAACUCCUAAACCUUCCAGAGAAGGGCAGGAUUGUGGGACAUCUUAGUGGUGGUCAGAAGAGACGAGUAUCAUUCGCCGUCGCGUUGAUACAUUCACCGGAACUACUUAUUCUGGAUGAACCUACAGUAGGAGUUGAUCCAUUGCUCAGACAGAAGAUUUGGGACUACUUAUUGAAGUUUUCUACCGAACAGAACACCACUGUCAUCUUGACCACCCAUUACAUAGAGGAAGCCAGAAAUGCAGAUAUGGUUGGACUGAUGAGAAAUGGGAAGAUACUGUCAGAAGAUUCUCCGCAGUCUCUAUUAGAAACGCACAAUCUACCGACGCUUGAAGGAAUCUUCCUUAAACUAUGCAUGGCGGACGCACAGGAGACGGGAUCAAACGGUGACGAGGCUGUCGACGUCGUAAUUGACAUGGACACGCCAUCCCACGUCGAGGUCGCCUUGCCUACCGACAUGACGGAGGAGACCACCCUCCUGCUCCCCAACGGAACACCGAACGGAGCCCCAAACGGAGUGGCCAAUGGGCAUUGCCUCUCGUACACCAACCCGACAUUCAAUCACGUGACCCCUGCGGUUGAACCUACCGAUGACGUCAUAGGUAGAUCUCGAGCUGGAACCAAGUCUGGCAUCCCAAAGUACCAUUACGAUAAACUACCUUGGAAAUGGAGUCAUUUUCUGCCUAGCUUCAUGAGCAUGUGGGCUCUUUUCGUCAAAGACAUAGUUAAACUAGGCAGGAAUCCCGGGUUAACUGUCUUUUACUUCAUGGUACCAAUCAUCGAGGUCAGUCUCUUCUAUCUUGCCAUUGGGGGUACCCCAAGGAACCUUCCUGUCGCCGUUGUUAAUCAUGAGAUCCCUCCAGUCCUCAGUAAGGAGUUCCUCAACCAGUUACCCAAUGAGACAAUUAUACAGAAACCAGUAGAUACAAUGGACGAGGCAUUGGAUAACAUCAGGGAGGGUGCGUACUACGGGAUCAUCGAAAUACCUGAAAAUUAUACCACAUUUCUUUUCAAAAGAUUCACGGCUCAAGGGACUAUUGAUAAUGCGACGUUGGAUGGAAGCAACAUCAAGGUCACUUUAGAUGCAACUAAUCAACAAAUUGCUAUUACUCUUCAAACAACGAUAUUAGAAGCUUACAACAAUUUUAUAUCCUUGACUUUGCAAGACUAUGGAAUUAACCCUGCACAGGCGCAGACACCAGUUUUAUUCGUUGAACCCAUCUACGGAAGCUUGGAUGCAAGUUUCACUGAAUUUAUGGUGGCAGGGGUUAUCAUCAGUAUCAUAUUCUUUCUUGCCGUGGGCUUGACUUCUGUUACUUUCGUUGUGGAGAGGAAAGAAGGCUUAAUGGAUAGAACAUGGGUCGCUGGUGUAAGCACUGGGGAGGUGACUAUCGCUCAUGUUUCUACCCAGUUCCUCGUGAUCGUUCAAAUAGCGGUCGUUCUCAUCUUCACUCUCAUUGUCUUUGAUAUGACGAAUGAAGGAAAUAUUUUCCUGAUCGUAUUGAUGUGCAUGUUACAAGGAUUGUGUGGUAUGUCAUUUGGUCUCCUGAUAUCAUCUGUCUGCGAUACCGAAGCGGGCGCUGUCCAGGCUGCUCUAGGUUCCUUCUAUCCCAUCUUGUUGCUCAGCGGCAUUAUCUGGCCGAUACAGGCGAUCCCGUAUCCAUUGUAUUACAUAUCACUUGCACUGCCACAAACAUAUGCAGCCGAAUCGUUACGUGCCAUAAUGAGCAAAGGUUGGGGCGUUGAUCACUUUGAAGUUUGGAUUGGUUACGUCAUAACCACAGCUUGGUGGCUGAUACCUUUAGCUCUGUCUGCUCUGAUAUUACACAUUAGGAGAUAGAUCUUCCUUCAACAGACCUGUGUCCACUUUCACAAAGACCUUUUCAUAACAAAUGAACAAUUUUAUAACACAUUUAACUAUUAGCCAAUUAAAUUGAAUAGUUUCAGUAACAGUAGCUUGAUGCUGU